AUGGCUCGCAACCUACCGCAGAAAAAGACCAAAUACAAGAAUCCUCACAAGCAGGCAGCCGGGAAAAAGCAUGUAAGGAAGCCAAAGCAGAGAAACGAAGCGCCAAUCCUCGGGGAUGACGAUGAUUUUGGUGACUUUACUGCCCCCGACACAGUGGAUGACGGUGCAGCAUUUUCUGGGAGGGUGCAGCUCGACGAUGAGGAUGCAUUUGAGAUGGCAGCUGGAAAUGUAGACACACAGCAGGCAGCCGCAGGGUCCGCAGACCAGGCCAAGGCCCCAAAGAAGACCAGCAAGAAGCGGAAACAGCCUGGAAAGAAAGGGGACGCAGCCGCAGACGGGGACAAAGCUGCAGCCGUGGACGGCGACACUGUGCCACCCAAGAAGAAAAAGAAGAAGGUGAAGAGGCAGCCGGCUGCAGAGUUUGAGGCGCAGAGAGCGGUGGCGGCAGACAUUGCAGGCAGGCAUCCGGCAGAGCAGGCUGCCUGGCUGCAAGACAGCUGGCGCGCCUGUUCUGGCGCCUCUGCUCUGGAGACUGAAGCGCUCUCAGAGGCUGCUGUCGUGGCGCUGCCUGCGGAGGGCAGUUUUGAGGAGCGGCUGAAGGCGGCUGCCGGGGAAGCUGCGCUGCAGCUGACCGCGCGUGGCCUGCCCCACGGCAGUCCUGCGGCGAUCCUUGUCUCCUCUGCUGCCAUGGGCGCCGUUGGGCUCAUCAAAAUGCUGCCAGGCCUCAAUAAGGAGUGUCGGAUAGCAAAGCUGUUUGCAAAGCACUUCAAGGUGGCGGAGCAGCAGAAGCUGCUGGAAGGUGCCACCGUGGGCGUUGCCAGCGGCACACCAAAUCGCCUGUGUAAGCUGGCCGAUCUGGGCGCCCUGAAAACAGACCACCUUCAGCUGCUAGUAGUGGACGUGCACCUGGAUGCCAAACAGCGGACGAUAUUGGACAUUCCAGAGACUCGUGGGGACUUCUGGGACUUUUUCGCCAAGCAUGUGGCCCCAGGCACGGCAGCUGGCCGCACCAAGGUGGUGCUGAUAGAUGGAGAGAAGCUCAUGAGCUAA